UUGUGCCUUGUUUGAAAAACGGGUUGGAGGAUAAAAGGAAGUAGGAUUCUCUUCACAGACCUGGACAUACCAUCAUUCAAACUCAUAUUUGAUUUUUAAAUAUUCAUCAUCAUGGCCGAAUCCAGUUUCCCUUUCCCCCCGGAGGAAUACUGUCCUCUGUGCGCGGAUGUGCCCAUAGACCCGGUCACCAUCCCCUGCGGUGACACCUACUGCCUGGAGUGCAUCAAGAUCUACUGGGACCAGUUCGACCACAUGGGCGUGUACAGCUGCCCGCAGUGCCGCUCCAGCUUCACGCCGCGGCCCGUGCUGAGGCGCAACGUGCCCGACGUCAACCACGAGCCCCGGCGCCAGCUCCCGGCGCUCACCCCCUUCCCGCACAUGCAGCGGGAGUCCUUGUGCGACUUCUGCGUGGGCCGCCGCAGCAAGGCCGUGAAGUCGUGCCUCAUGUGCCUGGCCUACUACUGCGAAGCGCACGUCAAGCCGCACUACGAGUCGUCCACCUUCAAGAGGCACAAGCUGGUGGACGAGACGGGCCACCUGGACCGGAAGAUCUGCCCGCAGCACGAGAAAGGCCUGGAGCUGUUCUGCCGCACGGACCAGAUGUGCGUGUGCGUGCUGUGCACCGUCAGGGAGCACCGCGGCCACAACAUCACCUCGGCGGAGGAGGAGCGCGUCGAGAAACAAAAGGUCCUGGUGGUCACCCAGACUGAGGUCCAGCACAUCAUUCAGGAGAGGAUGAAGGAGCUGCAGGACCUCAAACACAACGUGGAUGUGCUCAAAAGCGCUGCCCAGCGAGCGCAGGCAGAAAGCGACAAGACCUUCCACGAAAUGCUGCAGGCGGUGGAGCGCUGGAAGGCCGAAAUCCACCAGAUGAUAACGGCCAACAUGCAGUCGGCGAUGUCGCAGGCCGAGGGCUACCUGGAGCGCCUGGAGCAGGAGAUCCUGGAGCUCCAGCGCAGAGAUGCAGAGCUACGGCAGAUUCUGGAAACAGAGGACAACAUUCACUUUCUGCAGAACUUUCCGACCCUGUGCGUUGCUCCUGAGGCCAUGGUUCCCAAAGUGCUCAUCAACCCCCAGUUCGCCUUUGGGGAGAUGAGCAAGACGGCCACCGGGAUGAAGGAACAUCUGGACAUCCUCUGUAAGAAGGAAUUGAGUGAAAUCUCCAAGUCAGUGAGUGAAACGCCCGUCUACAUACUUCUACCGAGGAAUGGAGACAAACGACUGAGAGUUCCUUCGAGAGUUGAUUUUCAGGAGCCCAAAACCAGGACAGACUUCUUAAGAUACGCCUGCAAGUUGUCCUUGGAUCCGAACACAGUUUACAAAGAGCUGGCCUUGUCAGACGGGAACCAGCGGGUCACGCGGAGGAAAGCCGUCCAGUUUCACCCAGAUCACCCCGAGCGCUUUGAUGGCUUCUCCCAGGUGCUGUGCAAAGAGCCCCUGACUGGUUUCAGGUUUUACUGGGAGGCAGAGUGGAGCGGGGAGUUUUCCAUCGGAGUGGCCUACAAGAGCAUCAGCCGCAAGGGGAAGAACUCGCACAGCCUGCUGGGCUACAACGACAAGUCGUGGAGUCUUCUCUGCUCCGACUCGGGAUACUCUGCCUGGCACAAUAAAGUGGACAAAGACCUUCCCGGAGGUCCCAGGGCCACACGAAUCGGCGUGUACCUGGAUUGCGCAGGCAACACGGUGGCCUACUACGCCAUAUCAGAGACUAUGGAGCUUAUCCACAGGUUUAAAGCUCAGUUCAGUGAGCCUUUGUAUGCUGGCUUUGGUGUGGGCUCCUCUGUCACCCUUUGCCCACUAAAGCAAAAUACCACAACUUACUGAGGGUUACUGUGAUGAGCGAUGAUCUCACAGGUGCUGUUCAAUACGAGCCAACAGCGCCAUGUGACGCAAGUGUGUGCAACAAAGUAGAAUGUAUACCCUUCCUAUGCAUGCAUUUCUGACCACAUUGUGCGCGUUCCUGUGAGGAAGUUCUGAAAGUUCAGUUUUUGUUUCAUGCAAGUUCCUGCUGGGAAGAAAAUGGUAUAGUACCUGGGUGAAGACCACAAACUUCUAAUAACAGAGGGCCUGCUUUCAACUGGGAGGAGCAUUCUGUGUUUGAAACAACCAGCAGAUAAAUGUCAGACAAUAUGUGUGUGUGUUUUAUGUAUCUCAUGCAUGCUUGUGUACGAACUAAAAC